UCAGUUUGGGAUUGAUAUAAGCAAUGUGCUAUAUUAUAUCUUGGUACUUUUUUUUGGCUGUCUUCAGGUUUGGCAUAUUCAAUCCUUCAACUGUUUAUGAUCAUUUGGGAGAAAUAUAUUCUGCCCUUAUUUUCGGAAGCUUGGUUUUUUGCAUUUUAUUAUACAUAAAAGGCCAUGUGGCACCGUCUUCCACUGAUUCUGGCUCGUCUGGGAACAUCAUAAUUGAUUUCUAUUGGGGUAUGGAACUCUAUCCUCGCAUUGGUAAAAACUUCGACAUUAAAGUUUUUACAAAUUGCAGAUUUGGAAUGAUGUCUUGGGCAGUUCUAGCUGUAACCUAUUGCAUAAAGCAGGUAGCGUCUAUGGGAUAG